GUGAGCUGCUGAGAAGCAGUCGCGCGGUUUGGGACGGCUUUUCACCACGAAGCCCUCAGUCUGUGGAGUGCCUGCGCUCUGCGCCGUGGGAGCCACCAUCUCUACAAGUUGGUAUCGCGCGCGUUUCUUCUUUCUUCCAGGGUUUGGGGUGAGAAUGACCUUCCGAGAUGCACGUAGAGGAGCAUGUGCGCCUAGAAGGCCUGCUGAACAGAGGAAGCCCACAUCUGAAACAAGAGGAGUGUUUCCCAAAAUGAAGUCUCUUCCCUCCCCCCCAAAACAACUAAAUAUACCUCUGUAAAAGCAGAAGGAGAUUCCUCACGUUUUUAUUCUCCAAAAUGAGUGUUAGUGUCACUUGCUUAAGAACUUUUGGAAGGAUUUUGGUGCCAUUCACUCUUCAUAGGAGGAGAAGGAAUGUAUAUUCAACAAUUCUGCAGAGAUACAUGGCCUCCAAAAUACCUACUGUGUCGUAUCCUAAUAAAGAGAACACACCCCCUCCUGAACAGCUAGAAUUGGAUAGGUGGAAGACUACAAUGAAAUCUAGUAUGCAAGAAGAAGGUGUUUCAACUGUUUCAAACAACAAGGAUGAAGAUGCUGUUGCUGCCACCAGAGAAUUAAUUGAGAUGUGGAGAUUGCUUGGUAAAGAAGUACCAGAACAUAUCACUGAAGAAGAGCUGAAAACCAUUAUGGAAUGUUCUUCUAAAUCAUCAAAAAAGAAAUAUUUAAAAUUUUUGUAUGUUAAGGAAAAACUGAAAAAGGCUAAGCAAAGAAAAAAGGAAAUGAAAGCAGUAGCAAAGGAAGAAGCAAAAAAAGCCAAACUGCUAGAAACCACUGAGGAAGAUGAACAGCGAAACUUUCUAUUUCUUCGACUUUGGGACAGGAAUAUGAACAUUGCAAUGGGCUGGAAGGGUGCCCAGGCUAUGCAGUUUGGACAACCUUUGGUUUUUGACAUGGCUUAUGAUAAUUAUAUGAACUCAAAAGAAAUGCAGAAUACUGUUUCCCAACUUUUAGAAAGUGAAGGAUGGAACAGAAGAAAUGUUGAUCCUUUCCACAUUCAUUUUUGCAAUCUUAAAGUAGAUAGUGCUUAUCAUAGGGAGUUAGUUAAACGUUAUGGAGAAAAAUGGGACAAAUUGCUUUUAACAGCAACAGAAAAGUCUCAUGUAGACUUAUUUCCAAAAGACAGUAUUAUAUAUUUAACUGCAGAUUCUCCCAAUGUUAUGACUACUUUCAAACAUGAUAAAAUUUAUGUAAUUGGAUCAUUUGUUGAUAAAAAUAUGCAGCCAGGCACAUCCCUAGCCAAGGCAAAACGGCUAAAUCUGGCAACAGAAUGCCUUCCAUUAGAUAAAUAUUUACAAUGGGAGAUUGGUACCAAAAAUCUUACUUUAGAUCAAAUGAUGCGUAUUUUGUUAUGUCUAAAAAACACUGGUAAUUGGGAAGAGGCUCUGAAGUUUGUUCCCAGGAGAAAACAUACUGGUUAUCUGGAGAUUUCUCAACAUUCCCAAGAGCUUGUCAACAGACUGAAAAAGACAAAAAGUUUUAAUUCAUUUCCAAAAGUGAAUGCACAUAGAAAAUGUGGCUUGAAUGAGAAAAUUUGAUAGCUUACAAAAAUAAAUAGGUGGGAAAUACAGUUCUAUUAAGUAUUCCUUCCUCAAUGGAAUUCAUUUUCUCUUUUAAAGGUAGUCUUAACAAAUUAACUGCAGAAUUGUCUUUUCCCAGUUCCUUAAAUAUCUGCAGAAUUUUGGGAAUAUAUUUUGUUUAUUGUAAAAAGACAAUAACCAAAGUUGU